CUUAUCAAUGGUUUGUCAGAAGAUUUUGAGGUUUUUCAGUGGACUGAACCCGAGUAUGGAACACUUGGGACAUAAAAGAAACACGGAACGGGUGGUGUUCAAACCUAUAGGGAGCGAGUCGUAAAUCUCCAGGCCAAUGUUGGCGGCGAUACUUCUCCUGACGGUGGCUGCCCUGGCCGCGGCAGACACUCCCGCCCACUGCCUCUACGAAGAUAUUCGAGGUUCGUGGAGUUUCUCCGAGACGGAACGAACUGGUGACCACACCAUCAACUGUGACACAUUGGGGUCCAUCGUCCACACCAAGAAUUUCACCUUCAGUUUUCCCAACACUGUUACUGAUGAAUUGGGUAACAAGGGAACAUGGACAUUAAUCUACAAUCAGGGCUUCGAAGUGAACAUAAAUGAGAGGUCCUACUUCGCCUUCUCUUAUUACGAGGGAGACUUUUCCUCCGUGACAUCCUACUGUGACCGCACCUUCAACGGCUGGUCCAGGGACACCACAGUGAGGAAUUGGUCGUGCUUUACCGCUAACAAGAACACCAAGGUUGAGCCUCGGGUGAGUGAGAGGAUUAUGCAGAGAGACAUGGAUCACCCCUGGAGAAACAACCACUCCCUGAUAAAUAACAUCAACGCUGCUCAGAGCUCCUGGACAGCUAAAGCUUACCCACAGUUUGAAAAAUACACUGUUGCUGAAAUGAACCGGAGGGCUGGUGGCCCCAAGGCAGCAGUCACCAGACCUCGUCCUGCUCCAACUACCCCUGAGCAAAAAGCUCGCGUUGCUCUCCUGCCGGAGCACUUUGACUGGCGGAACGUGGAGGGUGUGAACUAUGUGUCUCCAGUGAGAGACCAGGCCAAUUGUGGCUCCUGUUAUGCCUUCGCCUCCAUGGCUAACCUAGAGGCCCAGCUGAGGAUCGUAACCCACAACCAACGCCAAGACAUCUUCUCCCCUCAGGAUGUGGUGUCAUGUUCCUAUCUGGCACAAGGAUGUGAUGGUGGUUUCGACUACCUGAUCGCUGGUCGUUACGCACAGGACCAGGGGGUCGUGGCUGAGGAGUGUAAUACGUACACCGGUUCAGAUAGCCAGUGCCAUACGGACGAGUCCUGUUCCCGCACCUACGUCAGUAAUUAUGUACACGUGGGUGGCUACUAUGGUGCGUGUAACGAAGAGGCUAUGUUAGACACCCUCGUUACUUCGGGGCCAAUCUCAGUCUCCUUCGAGGUGUAUAACGACUUCUAUUACUACGAUAGUGGCAUCUACUUCCACACCGGCCUCAAGAACGACUUCGACCCCUUUGAGAUAACUAAUCACGUGGUACUGGUGGUGGGGUACGGUGUAGAGGAGAGCACUGGGGAGAAGUACUGGAUAGUGAAGAACUCCUGGGGUGCUAGCUGGGGCGAAGACGGCUUCUUCAGGAUCAGACGAGGCACUGAUGAGUGCUCCUUGGAGUCCAUGGCUGUCCAGGUCACUGUUAUACCCUAAGACGGUCACCAUCUCACAAUAAUGUCACCGUUAUUCUCGGAGAUUUUCAUCACAUCCUGAGGUCACCAUUCCAUCACACUCAAGUGGUGUAAAAUUGUGAAAAAUUACUCGAGAUUUAUUGGAUGUAAAAAGUUAGAGCCAAAAAUAAAGAGUUAGCAAA